AUUAAUAUUACUAUUGAUAUUUUGAGCAAAAUUCUGAUGGAGGGGAUGUGCCCAGUGGUGAAGUUGGUUGGCAUUGGCUGCUCUGUGUGUUUGUAUUUAAAUUUAUUGACUGUUUGGGAUGAAGGAUAAAAUUUGUUUCCACAAAUGUCUUCCUAUCAAGAAUUCUAUGGCUCAGAAGAUGAAUCCAGAGAUGCGCUGAACAGAUCAUCAUCCACCCCCUUCCAUGAAAUACCAGAUCUUGGAGUGGGAGUUGAGACUGGCAACAACCGCUCAUGGCAGCAGAGACUAGGAAAGUCGUGCAAGCCAUUUGUGAAGAAGCGAGUUCCCAUCCUACAGUGGGCCCCCAAAUACAACGUGGAAUGUCUGCAAGGAGACGUCCUUGCUGGAUUCACUGUCGGUCUCACUGUCAUACCUCAAGGCAUUGCUUAUGCUGUUGUUUCUGGAGUGGAACCUACGUAUGGCCUCUACUCCUCCUUCAUCGGAUGUUUCGUGUACAUGUUAUUCGGGAGCUGCAAGGACGUCACGAUAGGACCUACAGCCAUCAUGUCCAUCAUGACGCACGAGUAUUUAAAAGCAUUGGACUGCGGUGAGGGCGAGACGGUCGGGCCUACACAAGUGGCUGUGAUGCUCACCUUUAUUACUGGCAUCGUCAUCCUGCUCGCCACGGUCCUGAGGAUAGGCUUCCUGGUGACGUUCAUCGGGCGCACUGUGAUCAGCGCGUUCACGUCUGCCGCGGCCGUCACCAUCGCCACGUCUCAGAUCAAAGGGCUGCUGGGGCUGUCAUUUGAGGCUGAGGGCUUCAUCCAGACAUGGAAGGCAAUAUUCCAGCACAUCAGCGAGACGCGCUACCAGGACGCUGUGCUGGGCAUCGUCUGCUGCAUCGCUCUGCUGCUACUCAAGUCCAUGAGGGAGCUGAAUGCUGCCAAACCACGCGAAGGAGAUUCCACCAAACAACGCAUCCUGAAAAAAGCAAUUUUCUUCGUGUCUGUUGGCCGGAAUGCUAUCAUCGUGAUCAUCAGCACAGGAAUAGCCUACGGUCUGCGUGAGAGCGAACCAUUCAAGAUAACGGGUGACAUCACUGCAGGCUUCCCUAAAGUGUCAGUGCCCAGUUUCUCAGUGACGUGUAACAACGGCACUGAAGAUCUCGACUUCACUGAGAUUGCGAGUCGCGUGAGCAUCGGCCUCUUCAUCCUGCCUCUCAUCGCUGUCAUUGAGAACAUCGCCAUCGCCAGCGCUUUUGCUGGCGGCAAAGCCAUCGAUGCCACGCAGGAGAUGCUGGCGCUGGGUCUGUGCAACGUCACGGGCUCGUUCUUCCAGAGCAUCCCGACGACAGGCUCCUUCUCCCGCACCGCCGUCAACGCCACCAGCGGCGUCAAGACCCAAGCCGGGGGCCUUACCACGGGACUGUUGGUGAUCCUGGCCCUGCUCUUCCUCACUCCUGCCUUCAAGUACAUACCGAAGGCGUCACUCUCGGCUGUGAUCAUUUGUGCUGUGAUAUUCAUGAUAGAAUACCAUGACGUCUUGCCCAUCUGGAGGACGUACAAGCUCGACCAGGUUCCCUUGUGGACGACGUUCCUGCUGUGCGUGUUCUGGGCGCUGGAGUGGGGCAUCUUGGUGGGCGCUCUAGUGAACAUCUGCGUGCUGCUGUACCUGCAGGCGACGCCCGAUGUCGUCGUGUCUUUAAGGGAGACCUCGGAGGGAGGCAGCUCAUACGUUACUGAGGUGCGUGGUAUUCUUAACAAGGUCAUUCUUAACGAGAUCCCGACUGCGAUCAAGAAUCUGUGCAAGGAGUUCAGCGCGCGCAGCCAGAAGAUCGCCUUCGCGAACAUGCGCGGUCACGUGAGAACCUCCCUGCUGGCGCUCAUACCAAAUCUGGAGGAGAUCUCGCUGCCUGCCGACCCUCUGGCGCAGGUCGUCGUACAGGACACGCCCUCCGUCGGUAACUCGCCCCAGCCACUCCUCAGCCACGAGCACGACCGUCCCGCCCAGGCGUCUCUUCCAGUUGACGCUCCUGCCAGAGACACCGUGCAGGGCGGCGCGUCUGAGGACGCAGACGCGAGACCUCCUGAAGAAGUUCCUCUGAUGGCGAGCUCGUCUGAUGAUCGACCUGCUGUUAUCAAGAAGGCUGAUCACUGAUCGCCUCACUUUGGUGAAAUAUUCUAAAUUCAAGAUGUGGCAUAUCUUGUUUGUAUACAUCGAGUCGUUGAUUGAUUUCAUAAAUUCCACAAAUUCUUAGAAGCUUCUACUUAAAACAGUUCCAAGCGCGAUUAAUCCACCAUUACUGAGAACAUUUUGCCCCCAUACAAAUAUCUCAUGGAACUAAGACGUAAAAUUGUAGUCUUGCUCGUUAAUGGCAAGUCAAAUUAAAUGAAAGAAACGCAGGGAUCGUUACGGUAGGCAAACUUGCAUUUACUCACUCAUGGGCUAAAAUAAAACAUUUUCUUGUUACCAAAGAAUACGAUUUUCACAAUGAAUCUAUGUAUAAUUGUAAUAUUCUCAAAUGAAUAAAUUUGUAAUGAUUUAAAUGAAUUUGGCACUACAAAUGCUAUUCUGCGAUCGAUCGAAAAAUUUAGUUUGUAAUACGUCAAUGCUUCUAACUUUAUGAUAGUGUGUAUGACUAAACGAAAUUGAUUUUACUCUACCAACGCUCUAUUCCGAGCGUUCGAAAGAGCAACUUUUCAACGUAUAAGAAUUACCUCCAUUCUCUACAACAUUCGCCAAUUUUGGCAUUUCAAAAUACUGGGUAGGGAGUUUUUUUCUUUGACAUUUAAACAUUUAUUGCCUCGCGAACGCGGUAAACAGGUUUUCAUCUUUAUAGAAACUUUCAAAAAUAUUUUAGACUUGACAAUAUUGUUACUCCUAGACUGCGCUCAGUUCUUGGUCCCGUACAAAUAUUAUUUUAAUCGAUUCAGUUUAACUAAGUUUCGCAUUUUGUAAGUUGCCGAAAAAUGUUGGUUUGUCGUGGAGCGAACGCCGAUUCCUGCGCUGCUCGAUGAUGUUCCGGGCGCCCGCAGCUGACUGUAUUUCAGGUUCACGAGUGGACAGACAUCAUGGUCCUAUUCUUCUGUUUGUUUGAAGCGUUUUUAAAUUAAGUCAAUUGUGCGCGUGCCGGAAUUUUUUGAAGAAAAAAUUUUAUUUUAUGCUGAGCAAAAGAAUUGCAGCGCACGUUAGAUGGGAGACAUUUAAAAAUUUUAAAAUACCUUCACUGGAAGAGGUCUAGAAUCAAUCACCCGAGUUGAUGUAUGUCAAGACUAAGGUUCUAAUGACAUUAUGGAAUGGAUUUGUGUUUUAGCAAAUUCAUUUAUUCUAUUGCUUUCUCAGCGAAACUGCAUGAAAUAAGCCUGUAAUAAUAAUUGGUUUAUGUACGUCUCAAUUAAUGCAACGUUGUUGGAAUUUCACUGCCGUCCUUCGUCUGUAGUCGUUCUAAUUGAUGUUCUGACGCUUUUCUGUACGAAGAAUGGCCUUUUAUAUAAUAAUAUAAUAUAUGAUUAUAAUUCUGUUAUAUAAUU